UCAAUCAAAGAAGGACUCGUGGGAAUUGUGAAGAGACACUAAUAACACAAGAACUGUUGUGUUCAUGCGAGCCGUCGUGAUCGACGCCUGCAGGAGUUACCCGCAUCAUCUCAUGGUCCUUUUGGCGGCGCUGUGGUUGUCCUUCCUGUUACAGGCGCCAAGUGAACCAGAGGGACUCUCUGAUUCAUGUGCACUUCCAGGCCAGGAGAUGAACGAUGCGACGCUCAAUGGUACCACUGUUAUCCGACCCCCGAUCUGCGGACGGCGAUUGUGGCAGGCAGCAUGAAGGCAUUGUUCAGAAGGGAGCUGGCGAGCGAAUAUGUAUUGUGCGGGUCAACGCAGGUCAAGCGGUUUCCAGGUGUUUGUUUGCUGCAACCGAUCACAUUGCGGGGUAGAAUAUGCAUGCAUGCAUUUGUAGCAACCUUCGGCACAUGUAGACGUCGGCCACGGGUCGGCUUGAUCGCUUGGUCCGUGAUGGCAUAUGCAUCUAUCUACCUUACGCUGCCGAAUGCAGGUGGCUUGCAGCCACUGCAUUCUGCAACUUACUGCUUCGUCACCCUCGACUAAUCCCGACUCGCUAACUUGUUGGGACUGUGGGAAGC